AUGCAUACAGAGGACCCCUGACCCCUUUAUUCUAUUAUCUAUACCCAAUCAUUGAUUUCACUCUAUUCUUCCACCCUCUUCUUCUUCCUCUCUUAAACCCCUACCCCCCCCCCCCCCCCCCCCAAACAUGCCACCUUCAAUCUUCCUUCUUACACUCUUCACUUUCUCAAUCUCAACCCACUUUUGGGUCUCAUACUCUCAACAAUCACCAACCAUUUAUGAACUCCUCAAACUAAAUGGAUUACCCAUGGGUUUGUUCCCAAAGGGUGUGACCAACUUCAGUGUGGAUGAUUCUGGCAGGUUUCAGGUGUUCUUGGAUGAAGCUUGUAAUGCAAAGUUUGAAGAUGAAUUACACUAUGAUCAAAAUGUUUCUGGAUGUUUGACUUUUGGUAGAAUCAAUGACUUAUCAGGGAUUUCUGCCAAAGAUUUGUUCUUGUGGUUCUUGGUUAAGGAAAUAUGGGUUGAUGUUCCUAGUUCUGGUUUGAUUUAUUUUGAUGUUGGUGUUGUUUCAAAACAGUUUUCUUUGUCAUCUUUUGAAACCCCAAGAGCCUGUGUGGCUUCUUCUGUACCUAAGAUACUAUCGAGAAAGGUGGGGAACGAUGAACAAGAACCCGAUCACCAAGAACCAACGAGGGCGAUUUUAUGAAUAUGAGUUUAAAUGGGUACUUAAAGAUGAUUCAAAUCGGCGCAAUUGCUCAAAUCAAGUUAUGGGUAUUUCCAUUUCUUGUAUGUAUUUGUCUUAAAAGUUGUGUUUUUUUUUUUUUUUAGUUUAGGUGGUUCUAUGCUUCAUUGCAGGUGUGCAUGCUUUACAAUUUCUUUAUGUACUAUAUGCAAAUAUGUUCAAAAUGAUUGAAAUCGAGGAGAAGAUGAUACAGGAAACGCGAUGUAAAUGCAACUGAAAUCGAGAGAAGUGUAAGUUAUCAUACAUGCCAGACCAAGGGGAUCAUAUACGUUCAUUGUCGAUUCUUGAAAUUCGUUGAUAGUACGGACAUAAAACAUUUCAAGUUUGGUUUAUAGCCGUUAAGUAUUGUUUUGAACAAAGAAAUAAGAAAUAAAGUCGAAUUUUGUUUAGUUUGCUUUCACAAUGUUCAUUUAUCGUUUCACGGAUUUGUUCUUUGACGCUUAACCCUUGAAUCUCGGGUUUUUAAUAAACAAGAUUAUUGUAUGGUU